AUGGCUGAACUGGGAAAUCGCCUUCCCCCUGCUGGCCCCAUCGAAGAUGCUCCGCUGCCAGGCGCCCCCGGCACCGUCGGCACCCCGGUCAAGGUUCAAUCGAACGUCUUCGGCCUGGUGCUCACCGCCGCACUCGACAAUGUUCGUCGUUACGAUGUGACGAUGGUCUGCUCGGAGCGGGACGACAUCGAGGACUUCGACGACCCAGAAAUCAAGCCGAUCUUCCUCACCAAGAAAAGUGGCAAUGAUGCUUACGCCACCGAGCGCAAGAGCAAGGCGUUUGCCGUGAUGGAUCUGUUGAUGAAGAAGCACCCUGAUGUCUUCGCCGACCGCUCGGCCUACUACGAUGGACAAUCCAUCCUCUUCAGCUCGAAGCCCCUUGUCAUCAAGGAGGGUGGCGGCCGUCAGUUCCGCUUUCUGCACAAGCCCGAUGGCGCCGAGAAGAUUGAAGGCGUUCGCCUGGUUGAGGUCGUCAUUCGAGAGUUGACUGGCCUGCCGCUCGACUUCUCAACCUACAAGAUGCAAGACAACAGCUCGCCUGUCGUUUCCAACGACCACUCGCUGUGCCAAUACUUCCAAAUCUAUUUCAUGCAGCAUGUUCUGAAGAACCGCGACCUGUUCUUGUGCUUCGAGAAAGGAAAGGUCUUCUUCAAGAACGCUGCUACGUUCAAUCUGCAGGAAGAGGCUCGUCAGCUUCCGGAGGGCAAGGAGUUGAAGCCCGGCGUCCGCAUGUCGGUUCAGCUCGUGGAAGGCCCAAAGGGACGCGACCGGGCCAAUUUUGCCGUUGCCAUUGACGCUAAGAAAAGCGCGUUCCAUUCGAAGAUGUCAUUGCCUGAGAAGGCCAUGGCCAUUCUGCCACGGUUCACGUUCCAGGAGCGCUGCAACCCCGCCUAUCUCGACAAGCUGAACACUGUGCUGAAAGGUGUUAUGAUCGAAACGACGCACACCAAGAAGCCAAAGGCGUACAAGAUCAUCGGCAUUAGGAUGGACUCGAACUACGAACUGACGCUGCCGGAUGGGAAGAUGAGUGUGCGGGAGUAUUACAAGACGAAAUACAACAUUGUCCUGAAUGCCCCGCUCGCCCCACUGGUCGUCGUGCAGGCCAAGAAAGAGACCUUCUUCCCCAUGGAAGUUUGCAAUGUUAUCGAGAACCAGCGGGUGACGAUUCCGCAGCAGACCGCUGAACAGAUGAGCAAGACCACCAAGGAAUGUGCUGUCUUGCCGUUCCGACGCCAACGCAUUGUCGUUCAAGGAAUCCAGAAGAUGGGACUGCUGGAUAAGGAUCGCAGCGACGACGGAGGUGUCCGAUUCAUCGAAGCCCCUUUGACGAUCGAUGCGCGUUGCCUUCCCAUGCCGGUGUCUGCCAACUACCACAACGGUCAUCAGUUCCGGAUUGAUCCCUCGACCGGCAAAUGGCGUACUGAGCGCAACAUGCGCUAUCUCCAAAACGGCCACGUGGUCCCAUGGGGCUUCGUCUCGAUCGAUUGCCGUAACCACAAGCUCAUGGAGGAUGGUAUGCUGCACAUCAUCCAAGGCGCCAAAAGCAAGGGACUGAUGAUGGGAAAUCCUCAAAUGAGCCUGGGCAUUCAACAACAUGAGCUGGAGAAAGCCUUCGAGCAAGCCAAGAAGCAAGGACUCGAGUUCAUCUUCCUUGUCACCGACGAUCAGACACUCAUUCAAGACAAGAUCAAGAUUCUGGAGCGCCGCUACGAGAUCGCUACCCAGAACAUCAAGUCCAAGACGGCUGGCGAACUUCCGAGUGGCCGCAAAGCGACGACAAUCGAAAACAUCAUCAACAAGUUCAACAUGAAGCUGGGCGGCCUUAACUAUACUCUGAAGAUCAACGGCCAUACCUUGCUCGACACUGCGGACGUCCUUGUUCUGGGAAUCGGUGCCGUCGCCCCGCCCUCUGGAAUCUCUUUGGACAGCGGAGACAAUGUCAAGAUGCCGAUCAUUGUUGGCUACUCCGCCAACACCACUGAGCACCCAGGGGCGUUCGUCGGCGACUUCCACGUAGCGGCCUCGGAGCACAACGACAGCCAGUUGAUCGGCCAUUUGGUCGUUGAACAGGCGCUGAACGAGUGGCUGACGAUGGGAAAGCUGACCAAGGGCUCUCGGCCGCUUCCGAAGCAGUUGAUCAUCUAUCGUGGCGGUGUGCCGGAAGGAGAAUUUGACAAGCUUCGCACCCACGAGCUGCCAAUGAUCCGGAAGACGAUGCGCAUGGUCGCGGGCUCAAGCCAAGACGAAAUCAAGCUCACCUACGUGAUCGUCUCCAAGGAUCACUGCGUGCGGAUCUACAAGAGCAACGCCCACGACUGCCCCUUCGAUCAAAAUGUGACUCCGGGCACAAUUGUCGACACUGGCCUCACCCAUCCGAAGUUCCGCCAGUUCUACUUGAACUCUCACAUUGCUCUCCAGGGUAGCGCCAUGACGCCUCGGUACACGGCUUUGGUCGAUGAGAGCGGCUGGUCGACAGAUGACUUCCAACGUCUCACCUACAACCUGUGCUUCAUGCACCAGAUUGUCAACAUGCCCACAUCUCUGCCGUCGCCGCUCUACAUUGCCAACAAGUAUGCCGACCGCGGACGCCGGAUGGUCAUGCAAUACGCCAAGGACUUCUUCGGGCGCGGCACCGGUGUCGGCUUCGAUUUGGGCCAGGUUGAGACGGAACUGCGCUACAAGCAUUCGAAGUUCGCCGAUCGUCGCAUCAACGCU